AUGGCUACAGUGGCGAUACCUCCCAGCGGGAUGUCCCUUCGUGGGGCCCCAGACGCUUCCAUCGGUACGGCAGAAGCGAGAUUCAACAAGCGGCAGGUCAUGCCAAUCCAGAUGAACCAAGAAGUCAUAGACGAGCUUCUGAAGAGUGUGAGGAGUGGGAAGCCGCCUCAGGUCUUCUUUGGCAGGACCCCGACUCUGCGCUAUGCUGGCAAGACGCAUGUACUUGAUACCGCGCCCGAGAAGUUUCGACACGAGCUGUACUACGACGAUGGCGAGCAUGCAUUGGGUUUCGAAGGACUGGUCAAUUAUUCUCUUGUGGUGAAGGAGGCCGACCCAGCGACUGUUGGAGUAGAUUCGGCUAUGGAAGCUCUGAACAGCACAAUGGCGACAAUAGCGGAGGAGAAGGAGGGCAGAAGAACUCUCAGCGCAAUCAACUCACCCAUUCUUCCUUCUGCAAAACGACCGACAGCAAGCUCUCACAGGCAGGAUCUGUUGAAGAAAGCCGGUUUCCUCUCUCCUCACACGCAAUCACGACCUGCGACUCCCUCACGCCUCGCGCAAGCUUCACCUUCACUCGGCCCCGCUCCAACAUCCGCGCCCGCGAUGCCUCUCAUACCCAGCAGCGAAUACGCAGCCGAGCGACACGUGCUGGUCCACAUACUCGCCAGUAAGCCCAUGAAGACUCAGGAGCUUGUAGACGCCACUUGCGCCCCGAAGGAGAAGGUUAGCACCAUACUUGAGAGGUGUGCGAGUCGCGAAGACGACGGCCGCUGGCAGCUCGGCAACAAAGCGUACAAGGAGCUCAACGUCUGGGAGUUUCCAUAUGCCUCUCAGGAGGAGCGACAGGCGGCGAUUGACCGUGCCGUCAAAGCUUAUGACCGCUUGAGGAUUGGAACUGACGACAAGAUCUGGCAAUUGCUGUUGCCCAAGGGAGAGCGUGGGAAGGGCAAGUGUCUGUCGCGUCUCGUACUCAAACCGAUCCCUAUGACUACCACGCCGGGCGUCACCGCGAAGCAGUGGGGCAAGAAGACGGCCGUCAGGAAACCUGAGGCGAAGAAGACGGAGCGUGAAGUGAGCAAGGAGAAGCGUCAGGAGAAGAAGACAUCGGCGGUCACUGAGAGUAGGACAAACACAAAGACCGUCACAAAAGAGAAGGAGGAAAUCCAGCAGCGGAAGCUGAAGCAACAAGAGCUCAAGGGGCAGAUAAAGAAGCCCAACGAGACCGAUGACGACAAGACAGCUCGCAAGAAGCCCCCCAAGCAGGCUGCCAGCAAACCUGCAGCAAUGCCCUCAGCGCCUACCAAGGCGCCCCUCAACACCAAGCCCAAGAACCAAUCACCCCUCAGCGCCUCACCCCCCGUCAACGCGUCCGAUUUCGAGAGCGACCACCCGGUCCACAAGGUCCUCUCAGCCUCGGCCUCACCCUCGAAGCCAUCCACCACCAACUCGGACCGCGCGCUCAAGCGCAAAGCCAACGACCUGGACAACGACGUCCACACGCACGACGUCCUACCCAAGCAGCGCAAGCUCGCCGGCGACGCACCGCCAAGCGCUCAGAAGCCUUUCAGCGCGCCCACCGCCUCGGGCCCCCUCAAGCGCAAGGCCGCCGCCGCCGCCCUCGACUCCGACGCCUCCAAGCCCUCCACGCCCGCCAAGGCGCGGAAGCUCGUCACCAGCGCGGAGCGCGAGCCUCGCCGCGCGCCGGCGGCGGCUCCGCAGAAUCGUGCGCCCAGCCCUGGGUCGGAUUCGUCGGAUUCGCCACCGCUGCAGCUGAGCUUCAGACAGACGAUCGAGCUUGCGCAGAAGUUUCACAACUAUCAUGCCAAGUAUGUGGCGCUGUAUAAGCAGAUUGCGGGGAGUGUGGAGCCGCCGACUGAGAAGCAGAGGGAGGAUGUCCUGACGAUGCAUCGGAGGUUGGAGGAGAUGAAGAGGGAGAUUGUUAGGGCGAGUGCGGGGGGGAAGUGA